GAAACGGAUGAACGGUAAAUAUAAUAAAAAUAAAGUAAAAUAUACAUAAAAAAAAAAAAAAAAACGAGAAAAGGAGAAGACGGUGCGGGAGAGAAAUGGAUUGGGGUGCGCAGUACUCGUCGAGGCGCACGUUAGAGGUCAUCCUCUAUAUCUCUGGGUCCUUCCGUUUCCGCUUCUUUAUCCCUGAAAACCUAGACGCACGAACCUCCCCCUACCUGUUGUUUCGCUCGCAUUCUCCUCCCCCCCGCGUAGAUCUGAAGGCUUGUUCCACUCGCCUCCUCUCUGUCUUUCGCUGCGUUUUCGGUUUUGACGAAGAUCGGCCUCCGAGGGUUUCUUCUGUGGAAACCGCUCUUUUUUCCCAUCCGAUCUCCUUGAUUUUCAGAAGAACUUUGAGAUUUAAUAACCAUCCAGAAGUUGAAUUUCUUGAUUUUGUGGAUAGCGGGUAUCAGCUGAGUAGCUGCAAUGCCGGCCCAUGUUGAUAAAUAUGAAGCAUAUGAUGACUAUGCGGAUGAACUGGAAGAGGAUGAAGAGGAGGAGGAGGAAUAUGAGCAAGAAGAAGAAACGAAACCUUCUGCUGAAGAACUGGAAUAUCUUAAUUACAGAGAGCUGAAGAAGGCACAAAUUAGGAAGAAGAUGCAGAAGGAAUAUGGGGCAGCUGCUGCUGGGUCCCAAGAUAAUAAGAGAAAACCUUAUCUUGAAAGUUUUGGUUCAUUUUUCGGCCCCUCUCAGCCAGUUAUCGCCCAGAGAGUUAUCCAGGAAAGCAAGUCGUUGCUGGAGAACCCACACUUGGCAAUGAAAGUUAUCAACUCACAGCGUAAUGAGAAACGGAGUUCAUCCACAGCCACGGCUUCAACGAAUGGCGUAACUGAGAGGAUGUCGAAAAUGAAAAUUGAGCAACAAACAAAAGCCCAGAAACUCAAGGAUACAAGGGAUUACUCGUUUCUGUUAUCCGAUGAUGCAGCUGUCCCAGUUCCCGCAAAAGAUCCUGCUGUGCGAAGAGUGUCUGUUUCUCAGUCUGUGCAACAGAAGAACAACCAGCCUAUGGGCAAUGGUUACAGGCAUGUUAAUGGUGCUCGUGAACAGCAGAGGGGAUCAGUUCAUGGGAAUGGCCAACCACAAUUUGGAGCAGGGUCUCGCAAGGCUAUUUCAACCUCAGGAGCUAGGCCAAAUGCAUCACCAGUAGAUUCUAGGAGGCAGCUUGCUAAAAACAAUGGUAUUGGACCGGGACGGCCAUCGACAGGUACAAUGAAAGGGCCGUCUCCAAAGAUUGCUGCUGGUCAUGUGGAGAAGAAGACUCCUUUGCCAGCUUCCAAGACCAUACUACCCCCAACUCGCAAGCCUCUCCCUUCAAAAAUGCAGUCAGGCAUUCAACGGCCUCAGUUGGGAACCAGGAGAGUAGUGCAAGAACCUAAUAGACAUCCUGAGUACAGAAGGAUAGUGCAGGAUCCAAGUAGGCAGUUAGAGAACAGAAAAGCAGCACAAGAACCCAGUAGAUCUAAAACGAUGUCAAAUCAACAGCCACAUUCUAGACCUCAGAUGAAUAAGCCACCUGUCAGACCAACCUCAUCCUACCCUUUAGCACAACAGAGUAGUGUGAUUAAAAGGCCUGUUCCACGGCGUCCUGAUGAUGACCACAUUGACCGGUACAGUAAGCCUGUCAAAAGAAUUAUCUCACAUGAUGUUCGACCUAAGAAAAAGCAUUCUGAGGAUGAAGAUGCUUUUGCUGAGCUCAGACAGAUGUUAGGACUUGUUGGGUCGUCCCUGGUCAGUUUUAGGGAGUUAAUCGAUACUCUCUUUUACCCCGUCAACCUUUCUCGACGCAAUGCUAAAUCCCUCGUGGAAUGGUUUCUCAGGAGGCCAAAGUAUGCCGAGUAUGAAGAUGAUGAUGUUAGUGACAUGGAGGCCAACUUUGAUGACAUAAUGGAGGAAGAGAUGAGAAGUGAGAGAAUAGCGAAGCAGGAGGAUGAAGAAGAACUGAAGCUGAUAGAGGAAGAGGAGAGGCGAGAGAGAAUGCGAAGAAUGGCUAAGAAGCGCAAGUUAAGUCGUUAGUGCCCCGUUAGUUUUAGUUUCCUUGUACACAGCAGAGUUACCCUGUCCGCAGCCCUGGUUUGCUGUCCUCAAAAGGCAGGAGGAAAAUGAAGAACAAAAGAAGUCGGGACUCAUGUAGUUUGAAUUGGGUCCUCAUUGGCGUUCGAUUUCAGUUCAGAUUUCCUUAGGGUGUUGUGUAAUCACAAUUUUUUUAGAUGUAAUCUUAUGGCUAAAUAAAAUAUUGGGUUCUCCUAUGAGUGGUUGGUUCUUGAGUCGCCGUUUUCUCUUGAGAAGAAAGACUGCAUUGAACUGGAUUGGACCUGGCAAUUGGGUAGGGUUGGGUAAUUUUGGAUUGGGAAUCUCGGGUUGCAGAUCAUCAUGGAUAAGGUCAUGUUGAGUUGACUGAUAUUUGGUUAAUAUAAGAUCCAUCGAGAGAGAGUCUCGUGUUAUUUUGGG